GAGGCGGAGGCGGAGGAGGAGGAGGAAGUGGAGGUGGUGGAGGAGGAAAUGGAGGGGGUAGCAUUCCAUCUCCACAGCACCACGAGACAGCAGUAGCAGCAGCAGCAGGUGGAGGAGGGGGAGGAAGUAUAGGACAGCAAGGAGGUGGAGGAGGUGGAGGAGCAGCAGGAGGGGGAGGUGGCGCGCCAUACCGACGGGGGUCCCUACAGCUGUGGGCAGUUCCUGGUGGCACUCCUGCACGACCCUGCCAACGCGUCCUGCAUUGCGUGGACCGGCAGGGGCAUGGAGUUUAAGCUUAUUGAGCCCGAGGAGGUGGCUCGCCGGUGGGGCCUGCAGAAGAACCGUCCCGCUAUGAAUUACGACAAGCUGAGCCGCUCCCUCCGUUACUAUUACGAGAAGGGCAUCAUGCAGAAGGUGGCAGGUGAGCGCUACGUGUACAAGUUCGUGUGUGACCCCGAGGCGCUGUUGACCCUGGGCUUCGGCGGCGGCGAGGGCGGGCGCGGGGGACGGGGCCAGGACGUGGGGGGCGCGGCGGGCGGGGCGACGGGCCACUACGACAGGAGGGGAAGCCUGAAGGUGUUCCCGCACCACUACUACCCGAGGGCGGCGGCGGCGGCUUCGUAUGCAGCCGCGGCCGCCUGGUCCACUGGGUCACCUGGGGCCGCCGCCGCCGCCCAGCACCUCCUGGCGCCACACGUCACCUGGUCGUCCCCGCCCGCCACUCAGUAUGACCUCGCCUCGUACUCGCAGUUCGCCAAGUUCGGUUACGACUACCUGCCCGACCACGUCACCUCCUCACUCACCAUGCAGAAGGACGACCUCAAGAAUAUGAAUGCCAAUCUGGGCAUGGAGCGGGGCAUGGAGGCUGGCUACUGCGACUACUCCCUGGCACACGUGGAGAAGCCCAAGUUCGACCCCCUGGUACAGUCAGUUCGCGGGGGGCCCAUGGUGAGCGCGCACCAUCACCACCACCACCACCCAGGGGCCGCGGGCGUGGGCGUGGUUGGGGUGACACACGACGCCACCACGGGUCUUCCCACGCCCACAGGGGAGGUGACCCACGAUCCCAUGACCCAGCUGCAGGCGUGUGCCCGCUCCCACCACCUGCACGCCUGCGUCAGAUAAGAGGCGUGGACGUGGCCGUGGGCGUCCUCGUCCUGCCUCGUCGUCGCUUGGUGUGGUUCGUUGGUCGGUUUUCUUAGGUUUUUAUGUGUUAUUUUCGUCCUUAUGUCU